UGACGUGAUAUAGUUAAAAUGACAAUAAACUAAUAAAUUACUUACUGUCAAAAAUCUAGUAAAAAUAUUUAUUAAUUUUUUUAUAAAUGUAUAUCUAUAACAUAGAAAGAAAUCAUUGAGACGGUAACAAGAACAUGUAGAGUCUACUCUAUUAGCAGGCAUUGUUCAAAAUAUCAUCCACAAUGUUUGUUCUUAAUAGGCUCUCCAAAUAUUUGUGCAGGAAAUGUUUCACAACCCCCGUGAGGAAUUGCACAGUGUCAGUGAUAGGAGGCGCAAGCGAUAUUGGACAAACGUUAUGUAUGAUGUUGAGGGCACAACCUACCGUCUCAAAACUAAUUGUUUACGACAAAUCGGAGUCAACCAAUGGUGUCUUGAUGGAUUUGUCUCACAUACCUACGGACGCCUGCCUCAAGGGUUACAUAGGAGAAGAAACAUUAGACAGAGCACUGAAAGAAGCGGACCUGGUGCUAGCAGUGGGGGCAGUCCCAGAUGGCAGAACAAUGUCAAAAACCAAAUGUACUUCAAAAAAUAUGGAUAUGGUGAAAUCUAUCGCGUACAAAUUAUCGAAAUUGAAUACAAUGCCAAUGGUCGGUAUCAGUGCGGAUCCAUUAAAUGUUCUAGUGCCGAUGGCUUCGGAAAUAUUAAAACAGCACAGUGGGCAUGAUCCGAAAAAACUGUUCGGGAUUACGACUAUAGACUCGCUCCGAGCGCAAUCACUGUACGCGUAUUACAACCAGUGGAGCCCGCGCGAGUGUAUGGUCCCCGUGAUCGGAGGCCAUUCGCGAGACUCGACCAUCCCGCUGCUGUCGCAGGCCAAGCCGUACUGCGACUUGAACGGGAAGGCGCUGCACGAACUGGUGGCCAAGAUCCGGCGCUGCGAAGAAUCGGUUAGGGACGUGAAAAGAGGCCGCACUCCCACUCUGUCCAUGGCAUACAGCAUCCUUAUGUUUGCUCGAGGCAUCCUGGGCGCGUUAGGCGGGGGAGUGUCGAAAGUGAACGCGUUUGUUGAAAACAAUGACUUCGGCACUGGAUAUUUCGGUGGACUCGUGGCGGUGGACGAUAAAGGCGCUAUCGAAAUGCAACGGUAUUCUCAUCUAUCCCAGCUCGAGUGUCACUUGUUGGAGCGCAGCAUUGAAGCUAUCAGAAAGGAUGUAUUGAAAGGAAAAAGCGUUUUAGAACUGGCGUAAAACAUGUCUUAUCUUUUUAUGUAGUAAUUCAUUCAUGUGAAUAUACAUUUGUGAAAGAAAAGUCAUUAUUAUUUACAUCAUCCUGGUUUAUUAUACAAAACAACCAAAGAAAUAACAACCGCGGACAACUUAAUCAUAUCACAGAGAACUCUAAUUCAUUAAUCAUGAAUACUUUCAGACAAGGAAAGUUGUGGAAACUAGAGAAAUAAUAAAAUAUGCAACUACAUUGAUUACCUACUUAAUAAUACUUAAUCCUAAUAAUAUAAAAUAUAUGAGACAAUACUGAACACUUUGUUUUUGGCUAACGAAUUAAUAAAAUUGAUUUACCUAAAUGAGAAUAAUACACGUUUUUUUUAUGUGAUUUCUUUUCAAAUUAUGAAAAUAAUAAUUUGUAAAAAAAAAAUACCGUUGACAUUAUACCGUUGAUAUGAAACUUAUCAGAUUGUAUGUAUGUAUACUCCACAUUUUAAGAUAUAGUGGACGUUUCUUGUUAUAUGUAUUGGGCUACAACGUUGCUAAAGAUGUAGGUGAUCCAAAAAAAUCAAUUCUUUGUUAAAUAAUGUCAGAUCAUAUUUUGUAGGUAGGAUAAUAUCAAAGGGAGCUCUCAUCUCAUAUCCGAUGAUAUUCGGACAAAUUAUUAUAUUGGAUAUUGUAGCAAAAUCAGCGUAAUUGUCCUUAUGACCGGGUCACCGAAAGUGAUCCGAACGAAAAGGACGAAAGGUUUAUUUAUUCUAAGUUAUGUAAAAUAAAGAUAAUUAUAAUUACAUACUUUUACUUCAAAAUAAACAACGAAUAGACUUUCUGGGAAAUUGAUUAAAAAAUAUUAAGACUUGCAAAUAAAAAAAAAAACAAUUUUCUACCUCUAUAAAGUGUAUACUCAAUAAUUCAAUAUUGUAUUGUGAAGUUUACACGGUGUAUUUUAAACAGCCAAAAUUUGUUUACAAACUAUGUUUGCAGCAGGAAUGACGAAAUAGAACGUAUUUAAAAAAAUACAGAUUUUUCCAGUAAAAUUUACCGGUCAGUUGAUCAGGAAUAUCGUUUUUUUACUGCCUACAUAUAUAUAUUUUAAAUCCAUGUGCCUAUUCCAUCUUAGUAUCCUCAGUACGAGUAUGUGAAAUUUUGACUGG